CGCUGUUUGGAUAUUGGAAUCGGAAUAAAUCAGUAGCAAUUGCAGUUAACGUUAACGUGACAUAAGAUUAUAUGAAGAUAGAUAAACACGAGAAAGUAAAGAAGUAGUCCGUUCUAGUAAAAAUAAACUGAGCUGAUAGUUAGGAUGAUGUUAAAAGAAGUGUGGGGUCUUAUAGUUGUAUUUAUGAUUCAACGUACGACGUGUGAUGAGACCGAACCAAGCGGAACAAACGAGUGUUUAGAGCUUCACCCCGGCUUUAAAGAAUGCGGCAUAACGCCCAACGGUAUAAAUGGCAAAUGGAGAACGAGCUUCAAGUGUGGUGACAAAGAUUUUAAUGGCCAACUGGAAAUUACGUUCGCCAAAAUAGAUGGAGGUGGUGUUAACGGAGAGUUUACUUUCUGGACUAAAGAUGGCGUAAGUGGCGACCAAAUCAACGGAAAACAUGAAGUGAAAGGCACACUUGACACAGAUUCUGGUGGUUUGACGUUGUUAGGAAUAAAAUGGAUUGUUCAACCGCCAGACUGGAGUGCGAUAACGUGUGAGAAUAAUGGUAUGUGUAUCACUAAUGGAAGCGUAUCAGAAGAUCAGAAAUGUUGCUGUACAAAAGGCUUCACAGGACGAACCUGCAACACAUCAAGUGUACCAGAAACUACAACGCAAAAUGAAGCUGCUUCUACUACAGCAAAAGAGGCGGGAAAUGAAACGACCGUAACUCCAAACUCGACUAACGUGAUACAAGAAACGACAAUGGAGCCCAAAAUGCACGCGUCACAGGAAACCACAAAAGCGCAUGCCUCGCAGGAAACGAAUAGCACACAAAAAGUUUAUGAAUCAACUUUCGGAACAACUCUGAUGUCAGAGAACAUGACAAUCACACCGCCAAAAAUAGAGCCUCCUUUAACUGCUGCAGCUAACACGUUCAACCAAAGGCGUACCUUUGCAUUUGUGUUUAUAAUCCAUAUGCUUCGAGAAAUUAUUUCUAUUCUGAAAUGACUUGUCGCUUUGGAACUAGGAACCAUAGCCUUUAUUGUCAUAUUAUCCGAGAAGAAAACCAAGUGAUCACUUUGAUCAAAUAAUAUGUAAUAAUAAGUUCAAGUAUAGAAGGAUGGUAGAGCUGGAAAUAUAAUUUUGGGAAGCAUACAUGUAGUUCGAGCUUUUAAACAUAUACCGGGUACACCUUUUAUUUUGUUGUAAACAGAGACAUGUAUAUAAUAUGUAUAUAAUAUGAUAAAAACAUUGAUAUGUGUCUGUUGUAAUUUUUGUCAAUAUAAAUAAGAUCAAAAAUGUAUGUCAAUCUUAAUAUGGUAAACUAGUAGUUUUGGAAGUCUGUCAGUUGUGGUUUUUCUUUGCUUAUAAAUCAUGCUGUUUAUAUGCUCCCUAUGCUUCAUGAGCUUAUAAUACUAUUCAGAGUGCAAUGAAUGCGAUCAUUCGUUUAGAUAAUAAUAUCAUCGCCCUUAUCAAACCAUGUGCUUAUCAAACAGAAGACAUGUGAAAUACAAGUAUCAAAUUACGAGU